AUGUCAUCACAACCUCAUUCUUUAAAUUCAAGUUCAAUAAAUCCAGCCAACUUGCUUGAACUUCAAGUUCUUACCAAAGUAAUUGGUCAAUUACAAAGUAAUGGGGACAUUCAAGGAUCGAUACCCUACUUGGCAAAAGUUGUACAAAUCAUUGACCAUCAACAGUUGGAUCGACCUAGUCGAGAGGUAAUGCAGACCGAUCCAAAACGGAAAGCGGCUUAUUAUGAACAAUUGAAUGAAUUACGUAAAGUCAAGGCAGAGGCUUAUGCACAACUGGCGGAUGCUUAUUUUAAAGUACAUAAUUUUAUAUCAUGCGAGACUUAUUUACUUUUCUCUGUCAAAAUCUGGGAAAACCUGAUAGAACAUGAGAGGCUACGAAUAGAUUCAAGUUAUGAAGAGCGACUUAAAAUAGCUUACAAGCAACUACUCGAUGCAUAUGAAGCAAUGGGAAAAUCUAAUUUAGCGUAUCAUAUAAAAGUUAAAUUAAAAAAACUAACUAAAAAAGAAGAAGAAAGUCUAUAA